AUGGAUGGAUCACUCGUCACCGAAGAAAUUCGGAUCCUUCCAUUUUAUCACGGUCUUCUACCGCGAGAAGACAUCUCCGACCUUUUGCGCAGAGAAGGUCAAUUCCUGCUGCGAAUCUCCGAAACGAAAGAAGAUGAAGGAGAAAAGACGCUCGUCAUUUCGUUUCGACGAGCCCUAGAUCCGACGAUUAAUCGACAAUCAAUUGAAGACAAAGUAAAGAGCGGCCGGAGUGGAAGCGGCAAAAGAAGCACCAGACGAACGAUAACGAGUGGAACAAAAAAGGUGGAUCGGGAGAAAGAAAAGAUGGAAGCCGACAAAAGACUCAUCAAGCACGCGAUUGUCCAUCUUGUCAACAACAGAUACACGAUCGAUCAAAAAGAAUCAUUCGAAACGCUCCUCAAAUUGAUUGAAUACCAUUCGCGACGUGAUGCCGUCAUUAACGAACGUGGAAAGCAAAUCUCAUGUCGUCUCGAAUAUCCAGUCAUCCGCCAAUCUUGGGAAUACGAGCACAGCGACAUUCAACUCGAGAAGAAAUUGGGCAACGGGGAAUUUGGAGAAGUGUGGAAGGGAAAGAUUCGACGGCGACAAGAUGGAAAAUGGGUGAAUGGAGCGAUCAAAUUGUCGAAAGGCGAGAACGCGGCAUCGAAGAAGAAACGCAAGGAAGUGAUGCUCGAGAUUCGCAUGAUGAGAGAUUUGAAACAUCCAAAUGUGGUUCAUGCUUAUGGCGUGGCGGUACUUCAGAAUCCAAUCUAUAUUCUCAUCGAGCUCGUCAGCGGCGGCGAUCUACAGAAAUUCUUGAAAAACAAAGGCAGAAAUCAGAAGUCAAAAGAGAAGAGACUCCUCGUUUUUCAUGCAGCCUGUGGUAUUGAGUACAUUCACGCGAAUGGAAUUAUUCAUCGAGAUUUGGCUGCCAGAAAUUGUCUCUACGAUGGACGACGGCUUCGCAUCAGCGACUUCGGCCUAUCGGUGAAAGGACCAACUUAUGAGAUUCCAUCAGGAGGAAAUCAAAGAUUGCCCAUUCGAUGGUUGUCACCCGAAGUUUUGACGGAAGGGAAAUUCUCGUUCGAAUCAGAUGUUUGGGCGUUUGGAUGCCUCGUUUGUGAGAUCUAUGCGAAUGGUGAAGCGCCCUACGAUGGAAAAACGAAUUCCGAAGUAAAAGAGAUCUUGCUGGAUAAUGGAAAACCGGGGCUGGCAGUGGGGAUGUGGAAGAAAUUGGCGACGUUUCUCAACGAUGGAAUCUUUCUGCCCGAGAGGGACCGUGCGAGCAUGCGAGGGGUUGUUGAUUUCCUCUCACUCGCCAUCGACAUUCCUCGACCCGACGAAUUACACUCCGAUGAUGAAACAAGGACAAUCGCAUCAAUUGCAGCAACAACGACAACAACGACAACAUCAACGGCACCAUCAGAAGCAGGAACAAUCAACAGUUCGGGACAUGCACUCCUCAUUCCACUCAAUCUCGGC